UUCCCAGCAUGCUCUUUUCAAGAUGUCGGAACGGUACAGUUUCUCGCUGACAACUUUCAGUCCAUCUGGAAAACUAGUGCAAAUUGAAUAUGCCCUGAAUGCUGUUGCUGCUGGUGCUCCCAGUGUUGGAAUCAAGGCAUCAAAUGGUGUGGUGGUAGCAACUGAGAAGAAACAAAAAUCUGUUUUGUAUGAUGAACAGAGUGUACAUAAAGUGGAAAGUAUGACAAAGAAUAUUGGUAUGAUAUAUAGUGGUAUGGGACCUGACUAUAGGGUUCUAGUACGGAAAGCAAGAAAGAUAGCACAGCAAUAUUAUCUAAUAUAUCAAGAACAAAUUCCAACAUCACAGCUAGUACAACGAGUAGCAACAGUUAUGCAAGAAUACACACAGUCUGGAGGUGUCAGACCAUUUGGGGUAUCAUUGCUAGUAGCAGGAUGGGAUGAAGAUGAGAAAAAACCAUAUUUAUUCCAGUGCGAUCCAUCCGGAGCAUACUUUGCUUGGAAAGCCACCGCCAUGGGAAAGAAUUUUGUGAAUGGCAAAACCUUCUUGGAGAAACGAUAUAAUGAAGAUUUAGAGUUGGAAGACGCUGUACAUACAGCUAUACUCACAUUGAAGGAAAGUUUUGAAGGCCAAAUGACAGAAGACAAUAUAGAAAUAGGAAUUUGUAACGAAAAUGGUUUUCGACGACUUACACCAGCAGAAGUAAAAGAUUAUCUAGCAUCAAUAGCAUAACUUUGAAAAAUCUAUUCAUUAUGAUGACAGGGAACUGGGCAGCUUUGAGGUUUCAAAAUAAGCUGAUAUCUAGACUGUGCUUUGCUUCAAAUUUUACUAGAUUCAGGAUUGUAAAUUGAGAAUUAUACAUUGUAUUUUGUUGUCUCAUAUUAUUCAUCAAAUUCAAAAUUUUGAGUUAAUAUUUCACUCAAGACACAAUUCAAAUCACAAUAAACCAUAUCAUGUCUGAUGGUUAUUGAUGAUGUACAACACCUGAAUUGGUUAAGUGGUUUAUUUUUUUUUCUUGUUCAGCUUAUCAAAGUAAAACCCUUGCUAUAUUGUGUACAGUUUAAACCAUAUGUGACGUUUAUUUAUACAUUAAAUCAUCAAGUUUUCUUGUGUACUCUCUGCUUGGGAUCUUAGGGACUUGAAACCUCAAAGCUUUCAAUUCCACAGGAACUGAAAUUAUGAAAGUAUUGCUGUAUCAAUACUUACUUGAAUUGGCUUCUGUCAAGAUGGUUUUAGGAAACUGUGUAAUCAUUUUCAUUAUAUUGUCCUAUUUUGUGAAUUCACAGUAAAAGUUUUG